AAGCGUUUUACACAAAUAGAAAAAUAAAUAAAAAUAUCAAUGAUUCACCUAAUUUUUUAAAUUUAUUUAUUGCCUAUUAUAUUGUAGGAAACAUGGAAAAACUACUGAUCCUUGCAUUUUGUGUGGUAGCAGCUUCAUUGGCCGCUCCUACUGAGCACGCUAAACACGAAUAUGAAACGGGCAGUCAAGGAUACGGUGGAAGUCAUAAAUAUGGUGGCAGAACAGGAAAUCCUGGCGUUGGCAUUGGUCUCGGUCAUAGAAAAGAAGAUGAAACUGACAGAGAACAUCCCGGCAAACACUACGGUGUUGGUCUUGGUCUUGGAUACAAAGGUGACAAAACAUAUGGUAGGGAGGAUGAACAGGGAAAUAGAGGUCGAGGAUACGGUAAGGACAACAAAGACAAAACCGAAGAUGGAGAAUAUGAAAGAGAGUAUGAACGAGGAUACGGUAAGGACAACAAAGACAAAACCGAAGAUGGAGAAUAUGAAAGAGAGUAUGAACGAGGAUACAGUAAGGACAACAAAGAUAAAACCGAAGAUGGAGAAUAUGAAGGAGAGUAUGAACGAGGAUACAGUAAGGACAACAAAGAUAAAACCGAAGAUGGAGAAUAUGAAAGAGAGUAUGAACGGGGAAAUAGAGGUCGAGGAUACGGUAAGGACAACAAAGACAAAACCGAAGAUGGAGAAUAUGAAGGAGAGUAUGAACGAGGAUACAGUAAGGACAACAAAGAUAAAACCGAAGAUGGAGAAUAUGAAAGAGAGUAUGAACGGGGAAAUAGAGGUCGAGGAUACGGUAAGGACAACAAAGACAAAACCGAAGAUGGAGAAUAUGAAGGAGAGUAUGAACGAGGAUACAGUAAGGACAACAAAGAUAAAACCGAAGAUGGAGAAUAUGAAGGAGAGUAUGAACGAGGAUACAGUAAGGACAACAAAGAUAAAACCGAAGAUGGAGAAUAUGAAGGAGAGUAUGAACGAGGAUACAGUAAGGACAACAAAGAUAAAACCGAAGAUGGAGAAUAUGAAAGAGAGUACGAACAGGGAAAUAGAGGUCGAGGAUACAGUAAGGACAACAAAGAUAAAACCGAAGAUGGAGAAUAUGAAAGAGAGUAUGAACAGGGAAAUAGAGGUCGAGGAUACGGUAGGGACAACAAAGACAAAACCGAAGAUGGAGAAUAUGAAGGAGAGUAUGAACGAGGAUACGGUAAGGACAACAAAGACAAAACCGAAGAUGGAGAAUAUGAAAGAGAGUAUGAACAGGAAAAUAGAGGUCGAGGAUAUGGUAGGGACAACAAAGACAAAACCGAAGAUGGAGAAUAUGAAGGAGAGUAUGAACGGGGUAAUAGAGGUCGAGGAUACGGUAAGGACAACAAAGACAAACCCGAAGUCGGAGAAUAUGAAAGAGAGUACGAACAGGGAAAUAGAGGUCGAGCAUACGAUAAGGACAACAAAGACAAACCCGAAGUUGGAGAAUAUGAAAGAGAGUACGAACAGGGAAAUAGAGGUCGAGCAUACGGUAAGGACAACAAAGACAAAACUGAAGAUGGAGAAUAUGAAAGAGAGUACGAACAGGGAAAUAGAGGUCGAGGAUACGGUAAGGACAACAAAGACAAACCCGAAGUUGGAGAAUAUGAAAGAGAGUACGAACAGGGAAAUAGAGGACGAGGAUACGGUAAGGACAACAAAGACAAACCCGAAGUUGGAGAAUAUGAAAGAGAAUACGAACAGGGAAAUAGAGGUCGAGGAUACGGACAACAAACACAAAAAUGGUGGACACACUGGAAAUCGAUACUAAAUAAUACGACCAAUGUAGAGUUGCUCGGGAUGUCAGCUAAAUAUAAUGGAAACAAAAUAUGGUCAACAUAA